AGACCUCUUACACGAAAACAACCCACACUAGGCAUAAGCAGUGAGUGAUUGCAGCGACCUUCGAUCAGCUAUAUCCUGCAUCCAUCUCGUCAUGGCAGCAGCAAUGCACCCGAGGCUCGUUGCCGUGGCGGCGCUGGUCGCGCUGAUGUGCGCCGUUGCUGUGGGCCAGGUACCUGCCGCCGACGGUGCGCCAGUGUGCGACGGUGUUGAUCAGGACGUCGUGAAUGCGUGCUUCAAGAGCUUUGGAGAAGGUAUGAAAAAUGCCAUUGCAGACAGGCAUCUUUCGGGGGGCAAGGUCAUUAAGGUUGGAGUGGACUGCUGCAUAGCCUUUGGAGGCCACUCCUGCCUCUGCAAGAUGAAGAAGGUGUGGAAGGAUCAGGGCAAAAGUGACCAAGAUAAUGUGCAAUGCGUCAGGGAAAAGGCCUGCUAGUGAGCGCGCGCGGGAGGUCUUUUCGUGUAUGCAAGACCUCUAGUUCGUUGGAUAUGUGUGUUUCUUGCAUGUUGGUUUUAAACGGUCGAUGUUCACCUGCUCCUUGCUUGCUUUUAUUUGCUUGUGUGUCAUGUGAGUGUGUCCUGUUUUUCUAUGUAUGAGAGCGUUGAUAUGUCAGUUAAGUCUUUAAUUUGUAACAAUCAGAAAUAAAUGUGGGUGGAAUUUCUUGUUUCACCCUGUAUUGUU